GAGGUGAAGUUCAGCAGUGCGCAGCGAUCCGUUGGCUGGGGCGCUUGUGGUCCCCUAAUCAAUAUGGGAAAUUACAGUGACGGCAAGCACACCGAUCCGGCUCCCGUUGGGCAAUGGUCGAUUAGUUCAGCUAGAGAAGAAUGGGGCGUGGCGAGCAGUCGCAAAAGGCCCGCCAUCGCUCUCCUUGAAUAUUAUCACAUUCACCCUGCUACACUUCUCUUACACUUGUGCGGUCAUUCAUCGUGGUGGUCAUCUCGCAGCACGGCAUCGCCGAUACAGCCGGCACACGACACUCCAGCUUCGCGACACUCGACCACGCGAUUUGGGUUCGGCAUUGGAAAGCUUGGUGCCAGGCAGCUCUAGUGCGUCAUUGAGACCAGCGUCGACAGCAGGGCAUCUGGGCUGGUUGGUUGUUGUUGGAGCAGGGCGAGAACAGCAUCGUCGUGAUCAGAAGCGUGAAGACGGGCGCGGCAGACGACGGCAGCUGAGGCGCAGGCAUUGCUGCAGACGGAUUCGGAGGAGCUGCCAGGCUGCGGAUCGCACGGAAUGACGGCGUAGGACAAACAUCGAGGUGAGUGCAUAUAAUCUGACUGCCCCGAUCGCCGCGUCCGAGUCUGCGGCAGCAUACACCACGACAACCUGGACUCCGUGAGGCAGCAGAGAGAGCGCGCGCUGGCCAACACAUUGCGAUCGCCAUCUUCGAUACGCAGCGGCGAGACUUCGCCGACCACGCUUGGCACGCAAAGCGUCAGGAACGACCUUGCGCGGACCUGCGUGAAACAGUCUUUGACAUCACCGCAACGCACACGACAACCCAGGAGACAUUGGCACCGUCCUGAUUUCUUGCGUCGGUCAGCAGUGACGUUCCUUCACUCUGCUGCGCGACUACCACACUCCCUCCGACGACUGCACGUUCCCUUUGGACUAGAACUACCCACGCGACUCCUGCUGUUGGCACUUGGCCCUCACACCGUUCGCUCCUUGCCACUCCAUCUCGCGCGCCGCUAGUAUACAACCACGAGUCCUGCGAACAACCUACAUACGCGCCACAACCACCUCUCGCCCACCAGGACACCGCUCGCCGCCAUUGCUGGACUGCGGCGUGUCCGCCACCACAUUCUACAGCACGAGCGUGCGCCCAUAGAAUUCUCCAACUAAUCAUAAUUCCCCCCAACAGACGCAAUGCCUGCCAUACGCGCCAUCAAGCCUUUUGCUUCCUCGCCCACCCUCACCGAGACGGUCCUUUCUGAGAAGGAACCCAUCCGUCUGGAAACCCGCGACACGACCACCACGAACCCACCCACGAAGACUGGCGGCAUCCGCUUCGUACGCCCCAAAUUCUCUCUUCCUUUCACCACAUCGCCCAAGAACGCGAGAACACAGACUGCGUCCGCGCCAGCAGUACCGCAGGACCAGCUCAAGCCACCGCACGUGGUGCAGUUCAGGCCACCGAGCCCUCAAAUACCCACACUCAGUCUGCCCACUAUCAACUUGACAACGGCAACGGGGGAGAAGAGCAAGAUGGAGGAUCUGCCAAAGCCUCUCACACUGUUCCAGCCACCAACGCCUGCAGAAGCACGACGCAUUGCGCGACAGCACGCGGCAUUCGGUCCGCUGGGGUCAAAACAGCACUUGUACUCCUCGAGAUUCGUCGGGACCGAGUUCCCUGAGCCCAUCGAGGAUGAGCCUCCGUACUACUUCCUGAUCACGACAUACAUUUCAUACUUGAUCUUGAUCAUCUUCGGACACGUGCGGGACUUUUUUGGCAAGCGAUUCAAGCCAGACCAAUACAAGCAGCUGAGGGAGCACGACGGAUACGCCCCGCUCAACAGCGAUUUUGACAACUUCUACAUUCGACGACUGCAGCUCCGAAUCAACGAUUGCUUCCGAAGGCCAGUGACUGGAGUUCCAGGCCGAUUCAUCACACUCCUCGACCGUACGAGCGAUGACCACAACUUGUCAUUCAAGCUCACGGGCACCACAACCCAGACACUGAACAUGUCAUCCUACAACUACCUCGGAUUCGCACAAUCGGAAGGAGAGUGUGCCGAUGAGGCGGAGCGCAUUCUGAAGAAGUACGGCAUUUCCUACUGCUCACCGAGAGGAGAUGUCGGCACCUCUGAUCUGCACGUCGAUGUCGAGAGGCAAGUCGCUGAGUUCGUGGGCAAGGAGGCGGCCACAAUCUACUCCAUGGGCUUCGUGACCAAUGCUACAAUCUUCCCGGCUCUUGUUGGCAAAGGCUGUCUCCUCAUCUCCGAUCAGCUCAACCACUCAUCCAUCCGAUUCGGUGCCAGACUCAGCGGUGCCGUCAUUGAUAUGUUCAAGCACAACGACAUGGCCGACCUCGAGCGUCUCCUUCGUGAGCGGAUUUCCCAAGGACAGCCACGCACUCACCGACCCUGGAGAAAAAUCUUGGUUGCAGUCGAAGGUCUAUACAGUAUGGAGGGCACCAUGUGCAACCUCCCCGGUCUCGUGGCACUGAAGAAACAGUACAAGUUCAACCUCUACGUCGACGAGGCACACUCGAUCGGCGCGCUCGGUCCUCGCGGCCGUGGCGUCUGUGAUUACUUCGGCAUUGACACCGCGGAAAUCGACAUCUUGAUGGGCACAUUCACCAAGUCUUUCGGCGCAAAUGGAGGCUACAUUUGCAGUGACAAGGCGAUUAUUGACAAGAUCCGAGUGACGAAUGCUGGUACCAUCUACGGAGAAUGUCCCACUCCCGCAGUCCUGGCCCAGAUCAGCUCCAGUUUGAGGAUCAUUGCUGGGCAGCUUGCACCUGGUCAGGGAGAGGAGCGCUUGCAACGAUUGGCAUUCAACUCCCGAUACCUGCGUCUCGGAUUGAAGCGUCUGGGAUUCAUUGUGUACGGCCACGACGACUCGCCUAUCAUUCCGCUCCUGCUCUACCACCCAGCCAAGAUCCCAGCCUUCUCGCACGAGAUGCUGAAGCGAAAGAUUGCUAUCGUCGUCGUUGGAUACCCUGCUACACCUCUCAUCUCGUCACGAGCACGCUUCUGUGUAUCUGCUGCGCACACCAAGGACGAUCUCGACCGAUUGUUGAUGGCAUGUGACCAGGCUGGCGAUGUUCUGCAGCUCAAGUUUAGCUCUGGUGUUGCCGGUGGCCAGGAGCCUAUCCCAGACGGCUUGACCAACAAGGAGGAGAUGGAGGUUCGCUCAUGUCUGGAAGCUGGAGGGCAACCUGCAGUCGUUGCACCACGAUGGAAAGUCCAGGAUGUCAUCGCACGUGGCGUUGCCGACGUUAAGCAGCCAUUGCGCUGAGGAGUGGAAGAACAUUUGGAGGACAGGAAUAGAAGAAUCGAUUCGUUUCACCUAUCAUGAAUUUGGGUAUUCGAUCAAGGCGUUCCAUGGUGCGAAGGGGCGUCGUCCGAGAAGUAUAGAGAGGGCCUGCAACAACCUCCCAAAGCAAGACCGGGAAGUGCGGCCACGCCAAACCAUACAACACCGCUCAGGUGACAUGCAACGAUACAAACGGACAGAGAUACCAUUGAGACCAGCGGCUGGCCGACCGCUUGGUCAGGAGGAGGCAUGUGCCCUGCCACAUCCAAGCAGCGGCAGAAAGAGGCAAGACAGAGGUGGAGAGUCGGCUCCCUAAUUCAUAAUGUGUACAUAUUCCCAUUCUAGCGCAGAGCAUUAGCAUUGAUGAGAGGGGGAGUAGAUGAACGAUGCGAGAGAACGGGUGGGGAGGAACAAAUGAAAUGAAAUCAUCUCAAAACUCCA